AGUGAAAUGUCACACUGACUUGCAUGUGACUGUCAAUGUCAAAAUUCAAAAAUCGUAUUGACAUUUGUUUUGCCCGAAAUCAAUGGAAUUGAUUUUUUGAUUUGCGGUGUAAUUUAUUAAGUGAAACUACCAAUAAUAUUAAGCAAAAUGUUACGUUUUUGUGCACAAACUACGUUCAGUCAAAAUAAAAUACUCAUGCAACCUCUCAUACAUAAACAGAUAACCUCUAAAUUAAAAGCCAUUAACAGCUGUACUAAUAUUUUGAGUAGAAAUUAUGCGGUGAAAUUAACUGAAGAGGAGAACAAGUUAGAAUGUAUAUACAAAGGUCCACUGACGCCACAGAUAAAGGGUGUGAAAGUGUUUUCGUUGAGCUCGAGUGCAGCGGGCUUAUUGGCACAACCUAUAAUCAUUAGAGAAGCUGCAAACAUAGGCAGUACUUCGCUGCUCGUCGCUAUUUGCUCAGUAGUGGGUUUCUUCACAUUCGUAACUCCUGUGUUACUUCACAUUAUCACCAAGAAGUAUGUAACAGAAAUACAUUACGACCCUACAACAUCAACAUACACUGCUACCACUAUCAACUUCUUUUUAGCGAAGAAAAUGCUGGACUUCAAAGUGGAAGAUGUUGAGGUACCUGAGAUCCCCGGUAUGUUCACCACAUUGAAAGCUAAAGGAACACCUCUCUUCAUAGAAGCGCGGCACUUCAAUGAUCCCCUACACUAUGCCAAGAUCAUGGGCUAUGACAAACCUAUGGACUUCAAACUUGGAGACAGUAGUGAAGGCUCGAGUAAAUAGGUGUAGGCAUUUGUUUUUAAAUGUACACUUGGAGGCAAAGAGACGGAGCCACUAGCUUUUAUUCCAUUUUAUCAUACUCUCUAUAAUUUAGUAAAAAUAGAAGUCCUUUUACACCAACUGCUCUCAAUUUAAAGGUAACUAUUACCAAUCAGCUACUUUCCUUAAUCAAAAUUAUUUGAUUAAGAUUCAAUGAAUAUUAAAAAAAAGUAUCACACUUUCAUUAAUUGAU